UGAUAAACACAAAGUCAACUAUUUUCCAGUCAAUUCCACAUUUGGACACAACAAGUAAAAUAUAAUAAAAUACACACUAUUUAGUAAUUGAAACGGCAUAAAUACUAAAGAUAGAACAUGAAUAGAACAUCGAAUAUGGACUUUCUACAGGCUCAAUUGGAUGUUGCAAAUGCCCAAAACGUGCGAUUGAAUCAAGAGAAUGCUUCAUUACGCGAAAAGCUGCAAGUUUUAACCAAUGCAGAACAUUCCAACUCCACUGUACACAUAGAGGCCAAAUUAAAAGCAUUCAAAUUUGAGGAAGAACGUGAUCGUAUGUAUGAAAAAUUGGAGAAGAUCAAACGUAAAUAUAAUCAACUGCAUGAAGCUUAUUUGCAAAAGGUUAAGCGCUGUAAAGCGUUUGAAGAUGUUUUCAAUCGUCAAAAGACCCUCAAUGGUCUUGUCAUGAAAUCAUCCGUAGAUCAAAGACAAAAAGAACAAGAUGUUGCUCUUGAUAGACGACACUCAAAGAACAUCGAAAAGAAUACUAUAGAGAGUUUAGAGGCCCAGGUGGCAAAAUUAAAAACGGCCAUGGAUGAGGCCUACGAUAUAAUUGAUGAACUUGAAUUUGAAUUGGAAAGUGUGGAUUUUCUUGAAGUGGAAAAUCAACGUUUGCGAAACGAGUUGGAGUCAUACAAAAAAGAUAAACAGAAAUUGAGAAGAGCCAUUAAUAGCAGUCAUCCCAUGGAAUAUGUGCAACCAGCAGAAAGAGAAGCAGUACAAGACAACUAUGACGAACUACCCGAAUACAGGUACAGUGAUGACCAGGCAUCGAGGUAUGAUACCGACUCAAAUGCCUCAUCCUUAGCUGACUCUAUAGUGGGUGAUAUAGAUCCAGCGACCAUGGAAAGAGCAGUCUUAACAGAAAGUUUGGUAAAAACAGCGGAAAGUGAGAGCAAUUGUUUAAGACGUGAACUAUUACGAUCACGUCUACGUAAAACAUUUCGACCCCCUAUUAGGCCAACCAGUAGUGAUGUUUAGAGUUCAUGCUUUAAUUGAAAAUAAACAUGAUAUGUAUCGGAAUUUGCAGU